AUGACCGUUUAUCUCUAUUUCCGUCUCAUUAGCAUAUUACAUCUUUCACCUGCGGCAGACUGGUCGUUUCCGGAGAUCUACUCUAAAUUUGAAAAAUCAAUAUGUCCACCCUCGAUCUUUAUAACGGGCCCCCUAACGCGGAAGGUGCAAUUGAUUCGAAUCAGUUAUGCUGAUGAAAUUUGUCCAAUCACACCACCACAUGAAGACAAACCACAAAUUAUACCUGAUAUCUCAUUUACUCCUGAUGAACUGAGUACGAAACAAACCCCAGAAUCCACGUUGUCCAUACUUAUAAAGAUAGCCACUCACGAAAGAAAGGUAUUUGAAGCUGAACAGCAGAUUAGAGAAUCUUCGUUAGAGGAUUUUGUUACAACUCCCAUAAUCCGAAAAAAGUUCACGAGGUUUCGUGAUAAAAAAUACAUUUGCGAUGUUUGCGAUGCUUCUUUUACCAUGAAACAGAAUGUAGCCUCCCAUUUAUUCCUAUUCCAUGUACAACCGGAUGGCACAAUGAAGAAAAUAGAAAAGAAAUGGUAUACUUGCCAAAAAUGCCCCCAGCUCGCUGACUGGUCUACUUGUUCUACAAUUUGGCAGCUGAUUUCUCAACUAAUCAACUUUAUAUUUUCUACAGACUCUAUUCCUCUAAAUAACUCUUUUAUUCCUACUGGACUAUUCUCUCUAUUACUUCAACGUAUGACUAAAGAAGCUACCGGUUCCGUACCAUCUACUAUAGGUUUGGAAAAUUCGCUGCCUGAUAGUGAAUCUCCUCCACCUCUACGAGCUCCGUUUGGUGAUUGUCGGUCUGCUCUACUAGAGCUGUUAGCAGACGAAGGCAAGCAAGAGCAAGUAGUCCAGAAGAAACGUUUGAAUCUGGAGAAGACCAUAUCACAGCUUAAAAAGAGCAAAUUCUGUGCGCCAGAGCAGUCAUUAGGGGAGACGCAAGAUUUUCUACCAUCUAACUGGAGUAACGUUCUACUCUCUGAAGCAGUAAGGAGCCAAAGAAAUAGUCCAACUAGAAUAUUUGAUUUCAACCCACUGCAGUCUUCAGAGCUCUUUCGAACUCCAAAUGCCGCUGAGGUCCAUAUGAAAAAAGUUCAUGUACAUAAGAAAGAAGCUAUCAAAGUUCGUAAUGACUGUGAUGAAUGUGAUCGUAGUUUUGCCUCUGCCUUUCAAUUAAGGGAACAUAUCGCCAUACAGCACUUAAAGGAACGUAAUUUCAAGUGUGAUCAGUGUGAACAACGAUUUGGAAGACGAGGAGGGCUGCGAAGGCAUGUUCAGAUGGUUCAUCAGAAUCAUUUACAUAAAUGUCCGUAUCAGGAAUGUGAUCAUCCAGGUUAUAAAUGUAGUAAAGCUUUAACUGCUCAUAUCCGUAGUGUUCAUACCAAUAUCCGACCUUUUGUUUGUGCUGAAUGUGAGAAAGCCUUUGUCCGUAAGAAUGAUUUGAAGAUGCACGAGUUAACUCACCGAAGAGAUGUAAAGUUCAGCUGUCUGUGUGGCAAUACAUUCCGACGUCAGAUGUAUUUGAAGAAACAUCAGAAGCUACUGGAUUUGGUCAAACCUAAUCAGAAUCAACGAAUCUUCGACACUAUAUCUGCCAGUGUUGCAAAUGAAUACGCUGGACAACGUAUUGCAUUUGAUGAAUCUGUUAUUCAUUCAUUCGAAGAACGAGAUGUAGAUCUGACUAAGCUUAAUCAGAAAUAUAGAGAUUAUUUGUUCGAAGGAGAUAUGCUGCUUCCAACUGAUCAACUUCAGAAAAUUGUAAAUAUAAAUAAGCAAAGGAGAGCUAGAAGGAAAGCUUUUGUCAAUUACGAAUAUCCAGCUACCAUUUGGUCUGGAGGUGUACCCUAUGUCCUUAGCCGAACACUAACGUCCGGCGCUCGUGCUUCCAUUAUUAGAGCCAUCAGCUUUUGGCAGAAAGAAACGUGUAUUAACUUCCGACAACGACGAGGUGAACGGCAAUACCUAGAUUUCAUUGGGAAUGAUGAUGGAUGCUGGAGUACUGUUGGAAAAGACAAUCUCUAUGGUCGGCAAGUUGUCAGCAUUGGAGCCGGUUGUGAACACUUCGGCGUCACUUCGCAUGAAUUAGCUCAUGCUCUUGGAGUUUUCCAUGAACAGUCUCGAUGGGAUAGAGAUGGAAGCGUGCGAUUGAACACUCGCGUGAUCCACAAUUCUCUGCUCUUCAAUUUCGCAAAGAUUCCACGAUCUGAAUUAGGGAUAUAUGACCUUCCUUAUGACGUUGGAAGCGUUAUGCACUAUACUCCAACUGAAUUCUCUAGUAAUCCCCGAGUACCAGCUUUACUUGCAGUUGAUCCCAACCUUCAACAGACGAUGGGACAGAUGGAAGGUCCAUCUUUCUUGGAUGUUGCAAUUCUCAACAAGCAUUACAAUUGCCAUAAACUUUGCCGAAACACUUUGAACUGUCAAAACGGGGGCUUCAUCAACUCGCGUAAUUGUAAUUCAUGCAAAUGUCCAUCAGGCUUUGGUGGAGCUCUAUGUCAGACGGUAGCCAGUUCAUUCUCACAGGGCUGUGGAGGCACUUUGAAAGCUGAAGAAGCUGUUCGUCGAUUCGACAUUACAAUUAAGCAGUUUGGUCCAGUGAAAGAAAAGAUGUGUGUUUAUCAUCUGCAGGCUCCGGCUGGCAAACGGAUACUCGUUAAUAUAGUCAAAAUGCAAGGUCGUUGCUUAGAAGGCUGUUAUCAUGAUGGUGCUGAGUUCAAAAUGAAACAGGAUUAUCGUCCAAUGGGUUACAGGUUUUGCUGUAAAUCAAGUAAUCAACGUCUCUUGUCACAGACGAAUAUGGUACCGUUCAUGGUGUACUCUCGAAAGAAUACUGUCAGUCUAACAUUCGAAUAUACUAUGGUAGACAGUCGUGCAACAUUCGAUGAUCCAAGCAGCAAUCAGAAUGUGAACGAGGAAACGAUGGUGCCACCAGAUUUAUUGCUCGGCGACACAUUCUCAGAGAACGUUGAUGCUCCAGCAGAAUAUGUUGUCUACUCCAUCUUUGGACAUUCUCUUUCCAUCAUCAUCUCUGCUGUUCACCUGCUCUCUUCUGUAGACUCAAAGAUCGGUUGCAUUCGUGUCUCCCCUCCUUCGCUAUACUUCUUCCCGACUCCAAACUUUAAUUCGCCACAUUCUAAACUCUUUGAACAUUCAGUCCAAUGA